AUGGAUAUUGAUUUAGUUAAUGAUCUUCGACGUGAUGAUGACGAUGAAAGUGAUGAAAAUAAUGAAAAACUUAAAGGAGAUGAUAGCGAAAGUGAAGAAUCAAAAAAGACUGAUGUUGAAACUGUUAUGAAAAAAGCAAAUGAAGUGGUAAAAAAAAAAGUUGCACGACGUCCUCGACCAAAACUAGACGUUGAUCGAUUAACUGGUCCAAGAGGUCUUAAUGAACUAUGUAAUCUAUUUAAAGAUGAAAAAUUUAAAGGCAAAGGUUAUGAAUCUGUUGAUCUUGAUUCAUUAAUGCAUAAAUUUGAAUAUUGGGCACAUCGUCUUGUACCACAUAUGGCUUUUGAUGAUUUUAUUGAAAAAGCUGAAAAUCUCGGUGGUAAAAAACCGAUUAAAAAUGCACUUCAACAUUUACGUGAUAAUUUAAAUAUUCAAACAUUCGCAGACGAUGAUAAACAAGUUGGUCCUACAUUACUCGAUUUAUUACCAAGUAUCGAUCCUGAAAAUGAUAACAAUACUAAUAAUAAUGACAUUCCAGAUAAUGAUGAAUUAAAUGAAUUAUUUCAAUAA